GAGAGCAGAGCCAAGAUGGCGGCCGAGUUGGAGUACGAGUCGGUCCUGUGUGUGAAGCCCGACGUCAGCGUCUACCGGAUUCCGCCCCGGGCCUCCAACCGCGGUUACAGGGCAUCUGACUGGAAAUUAGAUCAGCCUGAUUGGACUGGUCGUCUCCGAAUCACUUCAAAAGGGAAAAUUGCUUAUAUCAAACUCGAGGAUAAAGUUUCAGGGGAGCUCUUUGCUCAGGCACCAGUAGAACAAUAUCCUGGUAUUGCUGUGGAGACAGUGACAGAUUCCAGCCGCUACUUUGUAAUCCGGAUUCAGGAUGGUACUGGGCGUAGUGCUUUCAUUGGCAUUGGCUUCACAGAUCGGGGUGAUGCCUUUGACUUCAAUGUCUCCUUGCAAGAUCACUUCAAGUGGGUAAAGCAGGAAUCUGAGAUUUCCAAAGAAUCUCAGGAAAUGGAUACUCGUCCCAAGUUGGAUCUCGGCUUCAAGGAAGGACAGACCAUCACGUUGAGUAUUGGGAACAUUACAACCAAGAAGGGAGCUGCUUCUAAGCCCAAGACUGCAGGGGCUGGGGGCCUAAGCUUACUCCCACCUCCACCUGGAGGCAAAAUCACUAUUCCCCCACCGUCCUCCUCAGUUGCCAUCAGCAAUCAUGUCACUCCACCACCCAUUCCAAAAUCUAACCAUGGAGGUAGUGAUGCAGAUAUCCUUUUAGAUUUGGAUUCUCCUGCUCCUGUCACGACGCCAGCACCAGCUCCAGUUUCUGCAAGCAGUGACUUGUGGGGAGACUUUAGCACUGCAUCUAGCUCUGUUCCAAACCAGGCACCACAGCCAUCCAACUGGGUCCAGUUCUGAAUAGCAUUGACAGGACAUUAAGGACAGACUUGAAGAAUAAAAAUGACCUUGAGGGCACCAAUCUGUGAGGGAAGUUGGGAACCCCUUCCCUCCCCAGAACCACAAUUACUGGACAAUCUUUUUCAUAGUUUCUCCAUUGCGUUCAAGCUGGUUUAUGUCACUCCCCUAUGUUGUUACAUGCUGUACAGCCAAGAAAGAAUUUCUUAUCUCCUGUUCACUGUCAAGGCAGAGGAAUAGUGGGUCUUAUCAUACUUGUGGCUGACUGUGCAGGGCUCAAAAGGCCAGGGUCUCUUUGAGGAGGAAAUGAUCUCUAAAAUUUUUUUCAAGCUUUUAAAUUCUUUAACUUAUUUCAGAAUCAUCUCAUGACCCUUGUGUGCCUCUUUGUGAAGCCCUAUUUAGCAAUUUCAGGGGAGAUAAAAACCUUGGAACUUCUUUUUCCAUUAACCCAAGACUCUAAAAAUGGACAGAGUGACCUUAGCGUUUACAAAUUCAGAAUUUUGAUAGGGAUAGGUAUGAAGAAAGACCUGUUUCCUGGGUCUCUGCUACAUAUCUUCCUUCAGUCUUAUCCUUUUGUGUGAACAUCCAGUGCUGGGUGUAGCUCCAGCAGCCUCGUGUUUACAUGUCUCUUCCUAUGAUAAGAGAGUUGUGUUGGUGGCACCUCCACUAUUCUUUUGUUUGUUGAAUAGUACAACAUCUUUGAUCAAUGAGUGUCUCUUGGAUGAAGAAGGUUCAAGGGGCUGUGUUUUCCAAGUUAUAUUCUAGAGAAGCGUUUACUUUCUUGCAGCUUCAUCUAGUUGCUGUGUUUGAAGCAUGGCAUUACUUUGUAUUUGCCCCAUUAUUUGACCUAAAGUUGAAGGAUUUAGAGUUUUUAACCUGAUUUGUAGAGCAGAGAGGUUGAAAGCAUUUAACUCUUGUUCAGUACCCAUAUUGCCUUGCUGCCUGGGUAUCUGGCCCCUUUCUGUAAACAUAUUUUUCAAUCCAUCUAGCUCUUCAGUAGAAAGCUGCUAUUACAUGUGUUGUCAUUUAUGAAGGAAGCUAGAGAGUCACAGCUUUAGCUGUGAUAGGUUUUGCCCAAGUGACGGCUUUGAUACCCAUCACCCAGGGUAUCUCAAAAGCAACUUGUUCUCCCACCACGUUUCCUUUUGCCCCACCAUUCCUUUUACAAUACUGUGAAGAGCUCCCUUUCUUAGAUGAAUGGGCACUAUCUAUUUUGUUUGUUAAAUGGGCAAUUUUGAGGGUGAAAUGGGUGGAUAUCGUUUCUUCCCUUAGCACCUAUUUGGUUGUGUACACUCUGGCUGAAGGAAAUCCUUGUAUUUCGUUUCAGAAUAUGUUCUCUCUCCUGGAUUUCCUUCUUGACUCUUUUUAACUUUGGGUCCAUUUUUUUUCAUUGCCUCUUGUUCUGUGCAGCUCUAUUCUUACAGAGCCAUGGCAGGACAUUUUAAAAUUCCAAUAGAAAACACUAAAAGGAAAGUCUAUGGAAUCACUAGUGACUAAUUACUGGGAACCUAUUUUCUCAAUCUUCCUCCAUGUUGUGUUCUUUGUAUUCUCAAGAUGAUAAUAUAUUAUGUAUUUGAAUUGCUGAAAAAUUGAAAAUGGAAGUUUAAGAUAUAUGUAUAUAAAGCGUAUGGUGUAUUGGUGCAAUAAUGGUAAUUAAAAAUAUGGAAAAAGG